GGUCACUACCCCCAAAGCAAACAUUACGCUCCAGUUAUCAAUAUGUUAACAACAUUUUAGUACCGUCGCGAACUCUCUCGAUAUCAAACGCGUUUUUGCAUCGGAAAAAUGGCAGUGGCUAUAAAUAAAGGCAUCUUCAUAGUGGCGGCUAAGCGCACGCCAUUUGGCAAAAUGGGGGGCAUGUUGAAGGACAUGCAUCCUUCAGACCUGCUCGCCGCUGCCGCCAAAGACGCCUUCAAAUCUGGCAACGUGGCGCCUUCGCUGGUUGACACUACCAAUAUUGGACAAGUCUAUACUAUCAGUGGUACGUCAGACGGUGGUUUAUCUCCUCGUCAUGCGGCUUUAAAAGCCGGAAUUCCUCAAGAGAAGCCAGCCCUCGGCAUCAACCGGCUCUGCGGCUCUGGUUUCCAAGCUGUUGUGAAUAGUGCCCAGGACAUCAUCACAGGCACAGCUCAGGUCUCACUCGCUGGUGGGACAGAGAACAUGUCAGCAGUGCCAUUCGUGGUUAGGAAUGCCCGUUUCGGAGUACCACUAGGAGUCAACAUUCCUUUCGAAGACAGCCUUACUGGAGGCUCACUGGAUACGUACUGCAACUUUACCAUGCCGCAGACUGCUGAGAACUUGGCUGAGAAAUACCAGCUGAAGAGAGGCGAGGUGGACCAGUUCGCGUUGCAGUCGCAACAGAGGUGGAAAGUGGCACACGACAGCGGUGUCUUCAAAGCGGAGAUGGCACCCAUCACGGUGAAGGUCAAGCGUCAGGAGGUCGUGGUGGACAAAGAUGAGCAUCCUCGGCCCGAAACCACACCGGAGGCACUCUGCAAGCUGCCCGCUCUCUUCAGAAAGGGUGGAGUGGUCACGGCUGGUAACUCCUCUGGUGUGAAUGACGGCGCUGGUGCAGUAAUCCUGGCCAGUGAGGAUGCAGUGAAGCAACACAAACUGUCUCCGCUGGCACGGCUGGUGGGCUGGUCGUUCGUGGGUGUGGACCCCAGCAUCAUGGGCAUCGGCCCAGUGCCCGCCAUCCAGAAUCUACUCUCCGUCACUGGAAUUAAGCUAAACGAUAUUGACUUGAUUGAGAUCAACGAGGCCUUCGCUGCCCAGACCCUGGCGUGUGUUAAGGAACUGGGUUUGGACCAGGCCAAACUGAACGUCAAUGGUGGAGCGAUAGCCAUGGGCCAUCCCGUGGGAGCUUCAGGAGCGAGGAUUACGGCGCACUUGGCACAUGAACUUAGACGGCGCGGUUUGAAGCGGGGCAUCGGAUCAGCAUGCAUCGGUGGUGGUCAGGGAAUCGCGUUGCUUCUUGAGACUGUAUAAAUUGUUACCGUUUAUAUAUAAAACCAAUUAUAUUGAUUUAAAACUAAUUUAAAGUACUCAUAUUUUAAUAAAUUUAUUUUUUU